AUGACUACGUCUAGCGUUUCAACUGAGUCCAACAUUCGUACAUAUUCAAUAAAUUCUAGUAUUUCUAACAACAACUCGACGUCAAACGAGUCUAAGACUUCCAAAAAGAAAAAAAAUGGAGAUGAUGCACCAAGACCCCAUGUCUGUCCUAUUUGUAGUAGAGCAUUUCAUAGAUUGGAACAUCAAACGAGACAUAUGAGAACACAUACAGGAGAAAAACCACAUGCUUGUGAUUUCCCAAAUUGUUCAAAAAAAUUUAGUAGAUCUGAUGAACUGACAAGACAUAAACGAAUCCAUACUAAUCCAACGCCAAAACGGAAAAGGGGUAGAAAGAAGAAAAGUGAACAAGCUAACAAUGGAACAAGUAGUAUAGUUACAAAUGAGUCUACUACAAAACUAGGGUCGACUUUUCAUAUUGGUGAUGAUGAAUUAUCAACAACUUUAACUGCCUCGCCAAAAUUCUCUGAUACUACAAGAUCAGUUUCACAAACAUCUUUCGAUAAUGCGAUGCAACCAAUAGCCAACUUUUAUAAUCAACCACCACCAGCACCACCAGCACCACAGCAGCAACAACAACAACCACAUUAUAAACCAAAUGUCACCCAACAACAUCCAAUAUUAUCGAGAAACAAUAGUAGACUGAGAUUGAAUGCAUUGUCAUCUUUACAAAUGAUGACACCUUUGUAUAAUUCAAAGGAGAACCAGCCUUCCAUUACAAAUAGGUCCAGUACUAUAUUAAGACCAAUAUAUAUGGAUGUGCCUGAUCAUUUUCCAACACGAAACCAGCCUUCAUAUGGAUUUCCACAACGACAUGAAAUAAUACCAAGACCUAAAUCAUUAACAGAUAUAACACAGUACAGCACUGCAAAUAAUUCAAUGACAAUAAUUAACAGUUAUUCUACAGAUACUUUAAAAAGACCUAGUUCCUCAUUAAGUUUGAAAGAUCUUAUCUCUAAAGAGACAGAUGUUAUCAAGAAUCAUAGCAGCAAUUUCUCAUACGGAGACAAUUCUGAUUCAGAUUUAGAAAAUGAAUUAAAAGAAGAAGACGAUUAUUUACAAGAAUCAUCCCGUAAGAAAUCUAGACCUUCUACACCAAGUCUGAGUAGAUCAACAAGUAGUACAAACCUUUACAAUCUCUCUGCAUUGACUACUUCUUCUUCAGCAAUUUUCCAGGAAGAAAUAGAUCGUAAGUUACAAGGAUUACAAGAACAACGACAACAAUCAAGUUUACUACUACAACAAUCUCAACCUCAACCUCAGCAUCAGCCUCAAACCCGGUCUAAAAAUUUAUUACCACCUAUAAGAAGUCUUCCACUCCAAUUUCCAACUGGUUAG